AUGGAACAUCUUCUCCCGUCCGGGAUGCACGCCAUCCCCUCUGAGCUUCUCGAUCUACGCUCCGACGCCAACAUAGAUUUUGACCUACUGCAUCCCCAGCCAGUAAAUGGCGUCAAAAAUAUAUGGUUCUUCUGGCACUCGGGCUACGCCAGCAUGCACCCGUACACACAGCGCACGGUGCGCGCAUGGCACCGCCGAUUCACAAAACAAGGGUGGACUGUGCGGAUCAUAGACCGACUACCGGGGUCAAAAAGCAAUAUCGCCGAGUUCUUGGAUGUUACCGAUCCAGAGCUUUUCCCACGCGCCUUUACCGAUGAGACCCUCACCGGCCCUUACGCGCUACAGCACACUUCAGACCUUGUUCGCUGGCCGCUGCUCCUGCGAUAUGGAGGCGUCUAUGCGGACGUGGGUAUGAUGCAAAUUGGCGACCUGGAUACUCUAUGGAACGAGACAAUUGCAAACCCCGACUCCCCCUAUGAAGUUCUAUCUUAUACCCCUAGUGGUCAAGAUCAUCAUUACAGUCUAUGCAAUUAUUUUCUCGCUGCACUGCCGAAUAACGCGCUCUUCGAGCGCUGCCACCGUCUACUUCUCACUGUUUGGGGAGCAGAUGGUGGUAAGACGAGCACUGACGGUAUGCAUGCAAGCCCGCUGCUUCGAGGCGUUCCUCUGAUGGGCGGCGAGUUCACUAUCACCGAGGAUGAUGGAACUUUCAUCGGCCCUGCCGAGGUCAGCCGUCUGUUAACCGACUAUAUCAUCCAAGGUCAGGUGGCUACUGCAGUGAUGGGACUGGUUGAUACCGAAGACAAUUGGGACGGUCCGGCCUAUUGCGUAGCACAUUUCUAUGCGAUCGAGUUCAUGGAAGGGUCGCAGCUCAUUAACGAAUUAACUGCCUGGAACGGACAAGACGCAUUCGAUUUACUGUCACUACCUAUGCCGAAGCAGGGUGAAGAAGAGUUUGAUAAUCAAAAAAAGGCUCAUGAGAUCGUUGAGGCCUGUCUGUCGCGCAGCUUUGGGUUCAAGCUGGGCCACGGCCUCAUCCUACGCGUCCAAAAGGUCACUCUCGGCUCGCUGUGGCGGAGUAACCCGGGGUCCGAUGUUGAGCCUGGCACAUAUGCGGCUUGGCUUCGACAUGGGAUUGCCUACUGGAAUCAAAAUGAUGUGCCCGGUCGAGUGGCGCUCUCGUUAAUCCCGCCUACCAAGGUUGGGAGAUUACUUGCGUAA